AUGAAACCGGAAUUAAUGCCCACGGACGAAUUUUCUGAAAUGGAAUGUUGUAAACUACAGGACGUUACAAUAAUAACAUUUAAGAAGACUAAUUGGUCUCCAAGAGAAAGAAGAUUUAUUAGUUUCGAUUUAAUUGAAGAUUCAACUUCUAUUGAUCUUGAAUUAGGGAAAAAGCAUUCUCAAGCCAAAGGAUUUUAUUUUUUUAGUGUUUAUGAUGGACAUGGAGUAAAUGGAAUGAAAGAAAAUAAGCAUAUUUCAAAAAUAUGUUCUGAAAAUUUACCAAAAAAUAUUGCCAAAAGUCUUCCAAGGUUCUGGUCUUACAAAGAGAAUAAUGUCAAAAAAGCAAUUAAAAAGGGUUUUAAAAAUACUGAACAACUUAUGAGAUCAGGAUUUUCAAAAGUAUCUAGAGAUGCUGGAUGUACUGCAUUAGUAGCAGUUAUGACGCCUUUGAAAGAUAUAUAUGUUGCUUAUAUUGGAGAUUCACCGGCUUAUAUAUCACCAAAUAACGGAGGUUCUAUCCAAAUUACGAAGGAACAUGAUUUACAUAAUAAAAAUGAAGUUUUACGCCUAAGAGCCCAAAAAAGCAAUGGUACAAAAUUUUCAAUAUAUCGAUUAGCACCUGACAGGAGAGAAAAAUUUUGGGCAUUGGAUAACACAUUUAGCCGUGGGAUGCAAUAUACACGUUCUUUUGGAGAUUUUUAUAUUAAAGAUAAAGCUAAGAAUACUGAACCAGAUUUUGCAGAGAAAGUUUAUAAUGCGAAAGAUCUUAAUUUACUUGUUCUUUGCUCUGAUGGUAUAACGAAUCGUCUUAGAGUAUAUAAGAGAAUGCCAACUGAAGUUUUAUUAAGCUACAUGAAGCAGAAUAAAUUUUCAUCUGAUUUGAUAGAAUCAGCCUGCAAAGACUUGGUCAAAUUAUGCGAUUUAAUUUCGCAAUCUGGUUAUUGUACUGAUGAUAUGUCAAUUAUUAUAAUAGCAUUUUUAAAUGGCAGAUCUCUUCAGAAAUGGUAUGAAGAUGCAACAAAAGAUGCAGAAUAUCCAAGAGAUUGGCUAAAUCCUACAUUUAAAGAUGAUGAUGAUAUAUCUGAAAUUUCUGCUCAAGAUUUGGGUGAAGUUGAAUCACCUGUAAAAGAUAAUGGAUUUGAUAUCUAUGAUACUUCAAAUCAAUAUUCUGCUGAAGAAGCUGAAGAAUUUGCUGACAUGACGGUUCCAGAUUUUUAA